AACUAUUUUUGCGCGAGGUUCAAGUGGUUCAAAACUUCCGCUCUCAGUUCCCCGGAUGUUGUUUUAUGCUUGAUGCACAUUAAUAGUGAUAUUUUAUACAGUUUUAGAUGUAGACAUCCACGAUGGACACUGUUCACCAGUUUACGUGCCGAGAAUUUGAUGAUGUCUCAGCUCUAUCUACAUUACAUUUCUCAUACAUUGUCCAAAACCUGAUACCGCUUUCUGUGUUAGAUAGAAAUAAAAUAGCUGAAUUUGACAAAGCAUUAGAAGAGAAUCAAGAAGUCGGCAUGUUUGAAGACAUCAUCCCUGUUGCAGUGGGCAGCACCUCAGAAGGUCUCAACAUGCCAAACUUUAUCGAAAUAACUGAUACAGGCUCCAGAUCUUUGGAUUUGUCCGACCUCGACAUCUUGCAAGUGCUGAAUCAGUACACAAUUACAUUUAAUGAAUCGGAGAAGCCAUUGUUGAGAUACACAAAUGGUAUCAAGGAACUUUUUCCUUGGGAGUUCUUCGCGUUGGCAGAAACAAAUGGUAUUCACCCAGGUUACGUCAGGCUCAACCGAUCAAAUACCACUCUGUUUGACGAAUAUCAAGAUCGAGAGAUGCUCUUGCUGAGGUUUAGAAUGGAUCAUUUCGAAAGAAAUUCAAGGGAAUUUGUAGACAUGAUAGAAGUAAAUGGUCCGGCCUUGACAAUACCGGUGUCCUUUUCUGACAGAAAAAUGAACGGAAAACCUUUACCUUUAGACAAAGUACUCGCUAUGCCAUGUCAAGAGUGGCCUCCAACGGCAAACUCUUUCAAAGAAAGGUUCAAAGAUAAUGACUGGAUUCAAAAAGGUCUGCUGAAAAAGAUUAUUGAAUGUGGCUGCCAUAUUGUUCCCGUUCACCACAGAUUAGCUAUUGAAACAAGAUGUAAAGAAGAAUGGAGAAUAUCAUUUGCGACAUCUGAGCGGCUCAUUGCCAGGGAAGCUCUCACGGAUUUUCAGAGACAAGCAUACAUUGCUAUUAAAAUUAUCUACCAUCAGAAAUUAAAGAAAUUAGAUCUGUUGUCGUCAUACCACAUGAAAACAGUCUUCUUUUUUGCUUGUGAAAGGAUAAAUACAAAGUCUUGGAGAGAAAACAUGGGAACUUGUAUGUUGUAUUUUUUUGAUGUUUUGAUUGAAUGUGUUAGGAAAGGAAACAUUCCUAGCUUUUUUAUUCCUGAAAACAAUCUAAUUGACUAUUUAACAGAAGAAGAACUAACAAUUCUGGAAAAGGAAGUGACUGACAUUAGAACAAAACCACUUGAUCAAUUAAUGGCAUUUUUUGACAAUAAAUAUUUAGAAGAGAUAGGGGUAAAAUUAGAUUAUAGAGAUAUAUUUUCUCCUGUGAUUUCUGACAUGGAAUUCUAUUGUGAACUUCGUAAUUUCGAUCUGUCUCUAAAGGAGGUUCUCAGACCAUGUUCUAUAAGGAUAAUGGUAAACUAUAUAGAAAGUGGCAAUUACAAGGAGGCAAUUAUGACCGCAAAGCAUGUUCAUUUUCUAAAUAGAAAAUGUGCUUCGGAGAAGGAAGCGCUGGCCAAAUUUGUCUUGUCUGCAGCCCUCGAAAUUGAAAAUAGGGCAAUAGUAUUGGAUUUUUUCAUGUACCUGAUAGAAAAGUUUGAAGAGGAAGACGCCUUUGAUUGCUGCAAAAGUUACCUUAGAUACUUGGAGCAACAAGAAAUGAACAAAUCUUACUGUUGUGUGAUGUAAUUCAUAUGAUUUGAUUAAUAUUUUAGAUUGAAAAGUAUUAUUAUAACAUCACUCUGUAUCAAACACGUAAUACAAUUACAUUCUUCGGGUUAAGCUCAUUCUACUGCAAGCCUACUGUAAGUCUCUUGUCACCAUUUGUCCGUCUGUCUAUCCUUUUGUAUUUUUUUCUGGAGCCAUUAGUUGGUCGAUUUCAACCAAUCUUGACACAGAGAAUUAACUUAUCUUUUUAAAACUUUUUUUUUUCAAAAUGUGAAUAUCGGACGAGUUUCUAUAUUAAAAUCAAAGCGUUAUAAAGUACUUUAAAUUGUACCUUAGGAGAUCCAGUCUUCUCCCGACCUUCAGUAAAUUCAAAGUUCUAAAUCAAAAAUAUAAAUUUAUAAAUCUUUGUAAUGACUACCAAACACAGUUAGUGAAAUCCAUGUAUCUAUGCAAUUAUUCUAAUAUUCUGUGUAUCCUAAAUGGUCCAGACCAUGACCCCACGACUGGCAAUGGUGCCUUUGGAAAUCUGCAACGUUCAACGUAUGAAUCCCUACGAAUCUUUCAGACUAUUCAUCUCAAGAUCUACAAUACUUCAUUUUGCGAUAAAUUAUUGGAAGCAUUCUAAUAAAGGAUAGAUUCUUCGUCUGCAAAUCGUGACACCUUAAACAGUAUUUGGGGCCCUGAGAUGGGUAGAUAUAAGGAAUAAAGAAAAAUAUCUAAAAACUUUUUUUUACUUAAAGAAGUGAAAUGAUACCCUUGAUAAAAUGAUUAUUCGAGGGUCAAUCCUCAGAAAUAUAGCAACCCAUUUUUUUUUCAGGAAAGUUAUAACUUACAUAUUCGUGCACGUCUAUUUAUUUCAAAUCAUUUCAUCAAAGGGUAUUUUAGUUACCCGAUCUCAAAAGCAUCUUGUCUUUAACCAAGGAUUACGUGAAGUCAAAAACAUGACACCACACCAAAACGACGUAUUUUAGCGCCUUUUUGAUACCAUAUCUACAUUUUAAACUUUCUACCUGUAUAUAUGGAUUAAACUAUAUACUACAACUCCUUGUUUAAAAAGUUCGUUCUUAGAUGCAUUUUAUAGUGAUUUUUCUUUUGUUCACAGUAGUUUAACAUUAUUCAUCAUAUUACAUUAAUAUUACUAACUUUUAUGACAAUAUCUACUGCCAAUUCAUUAUCUUCUUAUGUUCUGUUUGGCGUCCAAAAUACAAUAUCUACAACUUUUGAUAUGGUUGUGUUUAGAUAGGUUGCUCCUUGACGUCUGGGAAUGCAAUAUGUUUUAGUCAAUUUCAGUAAAGGCUAUCAAUCUUCUGUAAAAUGAUUUUUGUUAAAGGAGAUAAUAUGUUCUAAUAUAAUUUGGUAUAUAGAAUAUAAUUACCAUAAUCAGUUUGAGGUUUAAAGUUUAUUUGGUUUAUGGUCCAAUCUGUGGUAAAAUUACUUUUACAAUGUAUGGUUUCUUGUUUGUAUGACAAAACACUUUGACGUACUUUGUUACUCGAUAUUUUUCGCAAAUUUAAUUUUUGCAGUAUUAAAUUUUAGAUAACUAUAAAAAUAUAAAUAUUCA